AUGUCAGAUACUACGCCCUGUCCACCACGAGUUAAACCUACAUUUGAGAAUAGCCCAGAAAUAGCAGAGCAAGUGGCUGCAACGGCACGGAUUGCGCCUCUCUACGAAGCCGGCUUGCAUCAAUACGUGAUCCGCAGACAUUAUUCGUUGCAGCGAAACGCAAACCUGCAAUGUGGUUGGGAGAAGUUUAAAAAAAAUAUUGAAUUUAGGAAAUCUGAGCCUUUUCAAUUUCCUAACGACAGAGAUCUACAUUUCUACAAUGGUAUGAUACGCUUCCUGCCAUCGGAAACAGUGUACAAAAGGGCUACAUUUCGCAAAAGUCUGAAGCCAGGCCCUGGGGUUGAUUACGGUGGACAAAUGCCGAUCCCCCAAGAAUCAAUGAUGAAAAGAUUAGGUUCUUUCAAAGAGGAAAAAACAAAGAAUAAGAUUAAGAAAGGAAAAGCAAGCAAGGAAAAAAAACACGUUAAGAUCCAAGAGGACAAAAAGACGGCAAAUGGAGAAGAUGCUCAGAAAUAA